GAUAGAAUAAUGCAAGCUGAAAAGUCGAUAUUCUUGCCAUCACAGGCUUCUGUUAAGAUUCAUCCGGUGGUCAUCUUCAAUAUACUCGAUCAUUACAUUAGAAGAAAUGAAGGACAGGAUAGAGUCAUCGGUACAUUGCUUGGAUACAACAACGAUGGUGUCAUCGAGAUAAAGAACUGUUUCCCAGUUGUCCACUCAGAGGGUGAUCAAAUUGCAGUUGAGAUGGAGUUUCAUAGAAAGAUGUUGGACUUGCAUAUGAAGGCAUCACCUCGUGAACCUAUUAUUGGAUGGUAUGCAACUGGAUGCGAUAUCAAUGAGAACUCUGUUAUUAUCAAUAACUUUUAUCGCGAGGAAAUGAAUGGUACACCAAUCCAUUUGACAGUGGACACUGGUUUGACCAAUGACACAAUGGGCAUCCACGCCUACCACGCCCACGCCCUCACCGACCACCCAGAGGCCUCGCUCGGCACAUACUUUGCCCCACUGCCACUGGAGAUCCUCACGUUCGAGGCUGAGAACGCCGGUCUCGACGCCCUGACGGGCAACGGCGCCAACAGUGCACAGCUGCAGCAGGACGACCCAACGUCGUCCGUGUCGAUGCUCUCGGAGCUCGAGUCGCUGCAGGGCUCGCUGGCCAAGCUGGACCAGAUCCUGGACAACGUUUAUCAAUAUAUCAGCGCCGUCGAGAAGGGCGAAAUCCAGGGCGAUCCCCGCAUCGGUCGCUUCCUGGCCAAGACAAUCCAAUCGCUGCCCAAGUCAAGCUCCAACAUCAUGGACAAGGUCAUCAACAACAGCGUCAAGGAUCUUCUGAUGAUCGUUUACAUCUCAUCGUUGACUCGUUCUCAAUUGGCCGUCGCUGAGAAGGUUCGUCAGAGUUUGAAC